ACAGGUCACGUGCUAUUGUUUAGAGCAGGAAACUGUCGGUUACGUCUUGAGGUCCACGCAGCAGCAGCAGCAGCCGGGACACCUCGCUAGUUGACGCGUCUCCGGCGUGAAGGGCUGCUUCUCCGGUGCAGAAAGAGGAGGAGGAGGAGGAGGGGGGGGGAUUUAAUUACCAGUAUGCGUAGAAACGGAGUAAACAAUUCCGACACGCAUCUCGCUGCCGCGAGCUCGCGAGCCAGCUAGCUGCCGUAGCUCACGAGCCCGUGGGGGAGCGAGCUAACCGCGGCUAGCCAGUCGCUCUCCGGGCUACAGUCAGCCUCCGAGACGUGGAAGUUGCUCCACACCUGCGCCGGGCUGCCAAGCCAGCGACUUUAGCUGCGUUAGCGUCACGUCCAACGGGACCGACAUGGAGCUGUUCCAAGCCAAAGACGACUACAUCCUCCAGAGCGGGGACUGCGCUCUGUGGUGCAGCCGAAAGGACGGGACCAUGACCGUCAGACCCGCAACAGACCUGCUGUUGGCUUGGAAUCCAGUGUGCUUGGGUCUGGUAGAAGGUGUCAUUGGAAAGAUACAGCUUCACACAGACCUUCCUCUGGGCCUCGUAUUAAUCCGACAGAAAGCACUGGUGGGCACUUUACCAGGAGACCACAAAGUCUACAAGAUCACCAAGAUCGCCGUCAUUCCUCUGUCUGACGAAGAGCCUCAGGAGCUCGAGCUGGAGCUUUGCAAGAAGCAUCACUUUGGAAUCGAUAAACCAGAGAAACUGGCCCCGUCUCCAGAGGAGUCAAAGUUCUUGAUGAAAACCUUCAGCCAGAUCAAAUCUAAUGUGGCUGUGCCCAUCAAGAAAAAGUAUUCCCCUGCCUUCCAGGUCAAGGAGAAUAAAGAGAAGGAACGCCUGGAGAGGCGACUACUGGAUGAGCUGGACAAGAUAUUCAUGGACUCCGAUUCCUUCUACUACAGCAUGACCUAUGACCUGACAAACACUGUGCAGCGUCAGGGAGACUCUGAAAAGUCCAGCUUACCCCUAUGGAAACGGGUGGAUGACCGUUUCUUCUGGAAUAAACACAUGAUCCAAGACAUCAUUGACCUUCAGGUGCCAGACGUGGACUUGUGGGUGAUGCCGAUCAUCCAGGGCUUUGUGCAGGUGGAGGAACUGGUGGUGAACUACAACGAGACAUCCGAUGAGGAGCGGAGCAGCCCGGAGACCCCACCACAGGAGGUCACCUGUGUUGAUGACAUCCAUCCCCGCUUUACUGUGGCCCUUAUCUCCAGACGUAGCCGCCACCGCGCAGGGAUGCGGUACAAACGCAGAGGAGUGGAUACCGACGGCCAUGUGGCUAACUAUGUGGAGACGGAGCAGUUGAUCCACGUGCACAGCCACACGCUGUCCUUUGUACAGACUCGUGGCUCCGUGCCGGUCUUCUGGAGCCAGGCGGGGUACCGCUACAAUCCGCGGCCACGCUUGGAGAAAGGAGAGAAGGAGACCAUGUCUUACUUUUCUGCUCACUUUGAAGAACAGCUUAAACUCUACAAGUCGCAGGUCAUCGUUAACUUGGUGGAUCAAACUGGACGGGAGAAGAUAAUUGGCGACGCGUAUCUGAAGCAAGUCCUGCUUUACAACAACCCGAACCUCACAUACGUUUCAUUUGACUUUCAUGAGCACUGCCGAGGUAUGAAGUUUGAGAACGUGCAAGUACUGACGGAUGCAAUCUCUGAUCUCAUCACCGAGAUGAAGUGGGCCUGGGUGGAUCAGGCCGGAGUCAUCUGCAAGCAGGAGGGCAUCUUUAGAGUCAACUGCAUGGACUGUCUUGACAGGACCAACGUGGUCCAGGCUGCUGUUGCUCGGGCGGUGAUGGAACAACAGCUGAAGAAACUGGGUGUGAUGCCUCCAGAACAGCCCCUGCCUCCCAAAUGCUGCAGGAUUUAUCAGUUCAUGUGGGCCAACAAUGGAGACACCAUCAGCAGGCAGUACGCAGGCACAGCAGCGCUCAAGGGAGACUUCACCAGAACAGGGGAGAGGAAACUGGCUGGUGUGAUGAAGGAUGGCGUGAACUCAGCCAACCGCUACUAUCUGAACCGCUUUAGGGAUGCUUACAGACAAGCUGUCAUUGACCUCAUGAUGGGCCUGCCAGUGACGGAGGACCUGUACUCCAUCUUCAGUAAGGAGAAGGAGCAUGAAGAGAAGGAGAAGGAGAGCCAGAGGGGCGCGCAGGAGCAGGUCAGCCUCCUGCUGCAGACCUACAUGCAGCUUCUGCUGCCGGAUGAUGAGAAGUUUCAUGGCGGUUGGGCCCUCAUCAACUGUGACAUGAGCCUCGUUGAUGCAAACAACAAAGAUGUGGAUGUGCUGCUGCUUCUGUCUGAUAAAGCCUAUUACAUUGCUUACUACGAUGAAGAAGCAGAUAAAGUCAACCAAUACCAGCGUCUCAAUUUAGAGGGUUUGGAAAAGAUUGAAAUUGGUCCAGAGCCUACUCUGUUUGGGAAGCCGAAGUUCUGCUGCAUGCGUCUGCAUUACAGGAGUGAAGAGAUGAGCGGCUACUUUCACACAUUGAGAGCAGCGACACGGAAUCCUGAGGAUGAUGGAAAAGACACAUUACAAUGCAUAGCUGAGAUGCUUCGCAUCACUAAACAGGCCACAGGGAUGGACCUGCUUGUGGUUGAAAAGAGGCUGGAUAGGCGGCAGAGUAAACCUCACGAGGAUAUAAUGGGCAUCCAGAACAAACCCGCUGACCAGGUCCAGGGCAGCUCCGGUCUAGCUCAGGGCAAAAGCUUCCUGCUCAACAAGUUCUCCUCUCUCAAUCAGAAAGUGAAGCAGACCAAGACGAACGUAAACAUUGGCCCCUUCAAGCCCCUCGGGAGACUGGGCAACUUCUCUAAGCCUGAUGUAAAAGUAAAUUUCCUAAAGCCAACUAUGCAUGUCAACCUGUGGAAGUCUGACGGUAACUUGGAGACCUCGGACAACAACCCUGGCACAGGAGCCCUAAAAGAUAUUGGUGACGGGCACUCUGAAAUCUCAGAUGACUCUGACUCCUAUAAUUCUGACCCAGAGCACACGUGUUCCGGUUCUUUAGAAAACGUGGACUAUGUGCUGCCCAGCUGCGGCAUUGUAGCAUCAAACCCCCGACUGGGCAGCCGCUCCCAGUCCAUUGGCAGCGUGGAGCUAAACAUCCCCUCUGUCAUCAGAGUCACUGGCUGUGACGGAGAGCAGGACGGCGUCUCUCAAGUCAGUGAUGAAAACUCCCCAGGGGCCGCCUCGGUGGCGGAGGAAGCCAUUCUGAUUGACUUUGGUACUCCCAUCGAUGCCUACUGUCACCAGUUUGUCCAGGAUGCACAGACCAAACCUGUUGAGGUGUUUGGAGAGCAGCCACCGCCUGCUGCCCCCCCACUCAACCCGGCGGUGCCUGUGCAGAAUAAGGCGCCGGUUGACUCCGACAAGCAGCCACGCUGCGCGCCGCAGCAUGAACCGGAGGAGCCCCAGAUCCCCAGGCCGUCCCAGCUCGACGUCGACUCCCCCGCCUCCAGCUCCAACCUCCUCUCCGUCCAGAAGCCCAGCUCUGCCGCCUCGGGAGGCUCUCAGAGGAGUCUGUGUUCACAGAUGGAGGGCAGCCUCGGCCCUUCGCCCGCCGACAGCAACGGCAGCCGAGUGGUUUCCCCCUUUGCCAAGAUCAAGAGCUCCAUGGUCCAGGUGGCCAGCCUCACCCAGGCGGGGCUCACCCAGGGCAUCAACUUUGCUGUGGCAAAGGUACAGAAGAGCCCGGAGCCAGAUUCUAUCAACGAAGCCCAAGAGAACGAGCUGAAGGCAAUGUUUACACAGUGCCAGACCAGGAUCAUCCAGAUCUAGUGCUUUCCCCGUAGCAGGACUUUGUAGUCUAGCGCUGUGUAGAAACUUCCUGUAUGGUAGCAGUAGCAAAAGCUUGCCCAUAGCGUCACUACUCGGCCAAGAAAUGCGCUCUUAAAGUCGCCCUUUAGUUAAACUUAGUACAGAACUUAGACAUGUAUACUUCCGCCCAACAUGACAGUGACCAUGUUUAUGUGCACAUCACUCUUAAGAUACCACUCACUGUCUUGUCCAGUUAUUUUGAUCAGAGGGAAGUUUAGCUCAUAUUCCUUUUGCCAACCUCGCACAAUGUCCAGUGUUAAAAACAAUUGUUAGAAUCCCCGUGUCCAAUUUUAGACGGUAGAGUAUUCGGUUGACGUAAGUUCAUGUACAUUAAAAAUCCUAAAUCCCUCCAGAUAUAUCGCUACCGUUGAAGGGAAUUCUUCUAUAAGUACAGCUGUCUUCUCAAAUUUCGAGGAUAUGUUUUACUUUGAAGAGACGCAUAACCAGACACAAUUACAUAUUUUGAGUUUUUAAGAUGUUUUAAACUUGUAUUUUGUGCAUGUAAACAUGUCACUAUCCUUAGUCUGAAAGGUUAUUCUACCCCGCAGUGCUUGCAUGUGAGUUUGGACAAAGGCUGUUUGUUGAAAGUCGACCGGUCGUCCUCCUGUUGGUGCAGGUCACUUAUUGGCGUUUGUGAUUAUCGGCCUCGUAACAGCCCCCUCGAUUUUGUAACAGUUGUAGAAUCCGACCAAAUAAUCUUUUGUGAUUCUAUUAUUAUUAUUGUAUAGCUGUCAGAAACUAGCCAGGCGACACACUGUCAGUAGUUAUCCGAUGUGAUAUCAAUGUUGUUCAGUGUAACUUAGAAGAUAUGCCGUUAUAUAAAUAAUGACAACACAAGAUCUUAGUAAGAGUAUCCUGGUUGUUGAUAUAUGUACAGUGAGUAUCGUAUGUUUAUCUGUUCCCCCGAGUAGGGCCUUCCCUUAAGCUUUUUGUAUUGAUGGUAGGGUGGCAUCUUUAAUAUGUUCACAGGAGCAUUAUAUUUUAAAAAGAACGAACGCCCAGUACGGUCAUGGCUAACCACGAAUAACCAUAAAACUGCUGGUUGGAGUUGUUUUUUUGAUAAGACGGAUAGCAACGAAAUGACGUUUUCUGCCAAUGGCGGUACUAAAUACCCCGUGAGGGUUUGUUUGAACCGAGUUGUCGGGCCAGCGGUGUACAUCGGCGUUGCAUGUUCGACAAAGACGAGGAGAGUAGCAUAUAGUAGGUUUAUAUGCAAUCGCACCCAUCCCAUUAUUAGAAACUCUGACGCGUUAUGCACUCCCCAAACUGAGAGCAUAUUUGCCUUAACAGGGAAUGGAAGUGGGAUUAUGUAUAUCAGGUAUUUAUGGCUCAAACUACCUUUUUAAGUCCAUCAUUUUACAUGUUACAUUUGGUGUACUGUAUAAAGGAUCAUGUUCAGGGUUACUUGUCUGACAGCGAGCUUUAUCUUGGGAUAUUUCAUCCACUGGCGCAUACAUUCUCCAUGGAAGUGUGUGUGUGUGUGAGAUAGUAGAGCCCUACUUCUCUUCAUGUGUGAUGAAGCCGUAAACGGGCCCGUUUUUUUCCGUUAACCUCAAGAAGUGAGGUUUUUGUUACACUUUACGAUCGUCGUCAUCCAUUGAAAAUGUCCCGUGACCUCCAGAACAAAGCGUAACUAAUCUCGUCACACUGCUUUUGUAUAUCUGUGUCUUUUAUUUAUGAUGAUGAAUAAUAAUUAUCUGGUUUGCGUGAGCUGAAAUAUCCCAAGGUUCAACGGUUACACAUUUCUUUCUUUCCCGUUAUAUUUGCCCCGUUUUCUGCGUUCGGCUUGCUCACCAGCAAAUAAGAGGUGGGAUACUUGUAUAUUAUAUCGGACUAUAAUUGUAUUACGUGAGAUUGUAGCCGUGGGCGCUACGUCAUAUAGUCAUGGAACCUGAUGAUAGUGUGGUGCUGCCAAAGCUUUAAGGUAAUAGCUGUAAUGCAAAGUUUUAAUGCUGAGGUUAAAAGGGGAGUUUUUCUUUCUUUCUUUUUUUUUUAAACCUAGAUUGCAAACACUGGAGCAGUUCUCAAAAAAGAACGGGACGCAUUAUGUCCCCCAACUCGCUGAAAGGAACCGUAAUCCUCAACAUUCCCAAUAUAGACCACAAUGCUCGAGUGUUUGUCUGGUUUUUAUAUGCAAAAGCUGGCCGUUAUAUAUUUGAUCCUGUAUUUGCUGGGUGAGAUUUUCCUCAAUUUGUUUUGUUUUUACACCAAGUGCUUUCGCGACCACCACCUCCUCCUUUCCUCUGUGGUUGUCCUCCCCCUCCUAGUGGGACCCGGACCAUGACAAACCGUCAUGCGACUCGAGGUCCUGAAGCAUUUGAGUUGCACUGUUUGAGCACAUUUUUCUACCAUGCGCACCAUUUACGUUUGAAUGUUUGUGGUCGUCUUUCCUCUUUACCAACUGACUGUUGUUGUUUUCCACGGUGUACUGAGAUUGUAUUGUAUAUUAAAGUAUCCUAUUUAUUCUUA